AUGCCGCAGCUGAUUGUAAAAACGAAUAUCUCCAAGUGCAAGGUGCCAAAGGACUUUUUUGCCAAGUCGACGCAAAUUGUGGCAAACAUGCUGGACAAGCCGGCGGCCGGCACCACGGUGGUCGUCGAUGCCGACGCCGCGCUGACCGUCGGCGGAACGCAGGAGCCGGCGGCGCUCGUCUGGCUGCAGAGCAUCGGCUGCAUCAGCCGCGCGGAGAAUAAACAGUGGACGGCGCUGCUGUACCCGCACCUGCAGAGUAGUCUGGGCAUUCCCGGCGACCGGAUCUUCCUCCGCUUCAUCGACAUCAGCCGCGAUGACCUCGCCUGGAAUGGCAAGACCUUUGACGACAUACUGCCGCCGCCUGAGUAA